AUGAAAAUCCUUCUUUUCCUUCUUUUUUUUUUUCCUUCGUCUGUCACUUCUUUCGCUUUUGCUUUUCUCUUCGUCUAUAUCUCCUCUUCGUCCCAUUCUUUCUCGACAUCGAUCUCCUCCCCUAUUUCUUUCUCUAAAGUAUUAUUCUUUUUCAAUUUUCUUUUACACUUUUCUUUCGUCUUCCAUUUUCUACUCGGCAUCAAUUUCCGCUUUCUUCUUCUUCUUCUUCUUCUUCUUCUUCUUCUUCUUCUUCUUCUUCCUCCUCCUCAUCUUCUUCUUCUUCGCCUUUUCUCAAUAUUGAUUGCUGCUACUGCAUUUUUCUUUUACCACGUUAUUCUUUCUUUUCCCUUCUUCGUCUAUAAUUUUUUGUCUAUUUAUCAUUUCUCUAUUUUUCUUCUUCUUUCCAUUCUAUUUUUUCUUCUUUUCGCCCGCCUUUCUUCACAAAUUAAUUCUUUUUCUUCUUUUCCUUCUUCACGUCAUAUUCGUUUUUGUUUUCCCAAACUUGAUUUCUUCUCUUUUUUCUUUCUUUUCCUCUUUUUCCUUUCUCUUCAUCUUUCAUUUUACAUUUUUUUAUUUUUUCUUAACCAUGAUAUCUUCUUCUUCUUCUUCUUCUCUCUUUUACUCCCCCACAACACGACAACCUCUUCGUUUCCCACUCCAUUUUUAUCUUAA